AGCUGAGAAACCUCGUCUCUUUCCCGAUCUUCAUCGUCUUCCUCGACCGGAAAAUGGAGAAAUUCAAGACCCUGGAAAUCCUCCGAGCCAGCCCCGGCUCCGCCGUCUUCCACCUCCGCCUCAACCGCCCUUCCUCCCGCAACGCCCUCUCCCUCGACUCCCUCGACCACAACCCCGACGCCCUCGUCGUCGUCCGCUCCGGCGCCGGCCACCACUUCUGCUCCGGCAUCGACCUCGCCGCCCUCGACUCCUCCCCCACACCCGGCGACCGCAGCCGCGCCGGGGAGCGGCUCCUCCGGGACAUCAAGACCCUACAGGACGCGGUGACGGCCAUCGAGCGUUGUCGCAAGCCGGUGAUCGCCGCCGUCCACGGGGCGUGCGUCGGGGGCGGCGUCAAUGUCGCCACCGCGUGCGACGUGAGGUACUGCACGGAGGACGCGUUCUUCUCGGUGAUGGAGGUGGACCUGGCGAUCAUCGCCGACCUCGGGACGCUGCAGAGGUUGCCCAGCAUCGUGGGGUACGGGAACGCGAUGGAGCAGGGCUUGACGGGUCGGAGGGUGUCGGGUUCGGAGGCGAAGGUGGUGGGGCUGGUUUCUCGGGUUUUCGGGUCGAAGCGCGAAUUGGAUGAUGGAGUGAGAGUCAUCGCUGAGGAUCUCAUUUCGUGCGUGGCACAUAAUGCCUUAUUGGGCAUGUUUAUCGUGAAUCUGAUGGGGGGUUUAAGGGAACUAUUCCAGGUCUUGAUGGGUCGGCGGGUGUCGGGUUCGGAGGCGAAGGUGGUGGGGCUGGUUUCUCGGGUUUUCGGGUCGAAGCGCGAAUUGGAUGAUGGAGUGAGAGUCAUCGCUGAGGGUAAGUAG